AUGAAAUUAGUUAAUAUUCAUUAGUCAAUUAGAUCUAAGUCAGAGAAUCGAAGAUAGACAAGUAGAGAAUAAACAAAUACCGAUCACAAAUAUAAAUUACCAUAAUUGAUGGAUAAACAAAUAUCUUAAAAAACAUUUAAGAAACCUCCAUUACAAUAAAAAUCUAGGAGAAUCAUAAACUCUAAAAUUCCUAAGUUGGAAAUUUAAUUAUAUUAUGGAUCCUUAUCUAAAGCUGGAUUUGAUGGAUUUUGUGAAAAAACCAAUUAAGAUAGAGAAUUUGCUGAAAUUAUUGAUGAUGAAUAAGGAAUUUUUGCUGUUAUGGAUGGACAUGGAACUGAUGGUGAUUAAAUAAGCACAUUUGUUAGAGAUUAUUUUUAAUGUAUAUAGAUAAUAUAUUAUAAAUUAGAAUAUGCAAUUAAGGAUUUUAAAACGAUUGAUUUUGUCAAGUUAUUUGCAAAUGCUCAUUCAAAUGUUGCUUCUCAUUCACAUUUUGAUUCACUUAUGUCUGGAACAACUGCAACCUUGAUAGUUAUUAGAGACUAAGUAAUUCAUUGUGCUUGGGUAGGAGAUUCAAGAGCAAUUUUAUGCUCUAAAUAAUAAAAUAAAUUAAUAACAACUGAUCUAUCUAUUGAUCAUAAACCACAUUUAUUGAAAGAAAAAAAAAGAAUAGAAAAUUAAGGUGGAGCUGUUAAUACUUAUAAACUAUAAAAUGGACAAUCUGUAGGUCCAUCUAGAGUUUAUAUUAAAGGAGCUUCAUUUCCUGGAUUGGCAAUGUCUAGAAGCAUAGGAGAUUAAAUAGCUGAACAAGUAGGAGUUUCUCAUGUACCAGGUAUUUAAUUAUAUUAUUAAAGAUAUUAAAUAGCAUCAGAUAACUAGAGAUGAUUUAUUUAUAAUAAUUGGUUCAGAUGGAUUAUGGGAAUUUUUAGAUAAUAAUCAAGUAUUAAAAGUAUCAUUAAGAUAGUAGAAAUAACACAUCAAUAUUUUUUGAAUAAUGAUCCAUAAGGAGCUUGUUAGAAAUUGAUUUAAGAAUCCAAAACUUAAUGGAAAAAGUUUAGUGAAGGAGUUGAUGAUAUUACUGUAAUUGUUGUCUUCUUAUAGAAUUCAAAUACAUGA